CAUCCUGUUUGCGGACAUCGUGGGGUUCACGCAGCUGUCGUCGUCGUGCAGCGCCCAGCAGCUCGUCAAGCUCCUCAACGAGCUCUUCGCCCGCUUCGACAAGCUGGCGGCUAAACACCACCAGCUGCGGAUCAAGAUCCUGGGAGACUGUUACUACUGCAUCUGCGGGCUGCCGGAAUUCCGGGAGGAUCACGCCGUCUGCUCCAUCAUGAUGGGCCUGGCCAUGGUGGAGGCCAUCUCGUAAGGAAUUCCGGGAAUUCCGGAGGCGGGGAGG